UCUCUUAAGCAAUUAAUUACAUAAUUCAGCUUAAUUUAUUAAAUUCGAUUGGGCUUCUGGCCCAAUCAUUAAGCCCAACCUCGGUAUAUUUCUUCAAUACGACGUCGUAUUGGAGAACCAUACCCACCUUCUCUCCCAACUCUCCGCCGCCGUCGCCUCCACCAGAACCGCCGUGGGUCAUGACAUUUUGACUGAGCGGGUUUCGAAUUGGCGGCAGUUCAUCUUUCACUCGUACUCCUGAACCCUAAUCACGCUGCAUUUGUUCUCUCUUCGGUGAAAUUUAUGGGUGACGCAAUCAUGGAAGAUCAAAAGAGACGGACGCUUGAAGCUCUAGAACGAAGGUUUGCUCAAGCGAAAGCAGAGCAUCAAACGCAGCAGCUGAAGGGCAAGAAAAGACCAAUUGAAGAUAAAGAGAGAGUUGCUUCAAAUAUUGAAUCUCCGUCUGCGAUUUCAACUGUCAAAAAAACAUUUUCCAGUGCUUCGGCUAAAAAAGGCAACUUUUCUUACCCGGGCCAUACUUCAAAAAAAGAUGUAGAUUUAAAUGAGCCGGCAUACUUGAAGCUUUCUCACUCAGUAGAUGAAAACUUGCUACCGACUGGGGUUGAGGUUUCUGAUAGGAGGGGUGCUGUUGAUCGGGUGUUGCACGAGCUCUUUCAAGGUGGCGAUUCAGCUCAGAAGUACAUGCAAGGAUCCAAAAACAUAAAAAUCGAGAAUACAAUACUUCUUGACAAUUAUGUCCAAAAAGGUGGCAUGUCAAGUGGUAGUCGUAUUCGGGCAUUACAGAACGGGUCGAAAAGAUCUAAAAAACAUAUGUCCCUGAAGCAACGUAAGACGAGCGGAUUAUUCGAUUUACCUAAAGAAUUCCAUAGCUUUGAUUUCUUUAAACCGAUGCAUGAGAAAUGGAAAUCCUACGUACUACAACUUCUGAAAUUCACCGGGAAGGAUCAAUUGGCGCAAUGUUUUCUCAAUGCUGACCUUCAUGGUGCAAUCAUACAAGUUGUUCAAUGUAAAAUAAUUGCAUGCGUCGGGAUUCAUGGCAUUAUGGUUCGGGAGACUAAAGAAACAAUCGGAAUCAUUACUCAAGAUAACAAAUUCCAAGUUGUGCCCAAAAAUUCUUCCGUAUUUGUGCUUCAAGCCGAGUGCUGGAAGAUAACACUUAAUGGAGAUAAACUCGCAUCCAGAAACUUGGUUCCAUGAUUAUAAUGUAAGGUAUACUUGAUAUCGAUUUUUAUUUGUUUAGUUAAUUUAUUUUACAAUAUACUCGAUAUCUUCUAUUGAAGUUGUUCGAUGAUUUGAUUUCAGUAUAUGUUUCGCAUGUCACCAAAUUAUGAUAGGCUGAUAAGAUUAGGCUGUCGUUAGGCUGUUAACAACUGUGUAGGUAGGGUAUGUACAAUAUAUAUAAAUACAUACAUCCCAUUCCCAUUUAUGAAUUUGCUCCCAAUUGUCGUCGAGGUGGUUGAGUGCA